CGUAUAUUGCCACAUCAUCCACUCGCUAUUGACCAUCCAAGACAAGGAAGAAUCUACCACUAACCACGAACAAGAUGGCCAAGAAAUUGUUGUUCGUGGCCAUCGUUCUCAUCCUGGGGGCGGCGACGACGGCAGUGCGGGGCGAGCUCGUGUGUGACGUGCUGAGGGCGGAGUGCAUGGUCAAAUGCUGGCAGGGGACCGGCAAGUGCAUGCGCUGCUGCCAGGCCCUGGGCUACGUCCACGGCCGGUGCAACCUCGUUCGCGGCGACGUUUGCUACUGCUGCAACGACAACGGUGCACCUUCCUCCCCACCCGCACAAGAGCGCCAGGGCCGGAUGCCGUGGAUCCUCCUCCUUCUCCUCAUGGACGUUGUCCAUGGUUUAAGUUCUCAACAAAUGGAUUUGGUCUGUGUAUUAACAUUGUGCAAAUUUGGAACUGUGUGACACCAACUUUUCUGUUUAGAAAUGUCGCAUAGAAUUUUUAUUGAGCUGGAAGAGAGA